UUGGUUUUGGCAGUGCAAGGUACAUUUCAGCGCAAAGAUAUCUGAAAAUAUGAGCAUUAUCUUGAAGUGCUGUGUGUCACUAGUGCUUAUCCUAAGUUGCGCUUCAACAGAAAAACUGUUUCUACAGAAGAAGUCUGCCGAUUCUAUUUUACACCGAGAACGCCGAUUUCUCUGGAGUGAUCUACAGAAUGAGUGCUAUCGGGAGAUUUGUACCAAAGAGGAAGUCAGGGAAUAUUUUGAAGAUGAUACAAAAACGGAUGAUUUCUGGAUAAAAUAUUUAGAUCCCACUCAGUGUGCUCUGCCUCUCUGUGAGGAAAACAAUACCCUUCGCUGUGUUGGAACUCUGAAUAUCUACAAGUGUAUUUGUAAACCGGGAUACACUGGCAGCCGUUGUGAAAUAGCUGGACAAUUUCAAGAUAUACCCAUCUUUUUGACAAGAAUUCAACCUCCAUUCAUUGGACCUAGUAUAUUACCGCCAGAAGCCGACAACUGUGCACCACUAUCCCCAUGUCCAAUUGGUUAUCGCUGUGUCAAUGGAAAGAACCAAUACACAUGCAUAUGUCCCGAGGCAGGAUGCUUCCUGAAAGCAGUCGAUAUCCCCUUACCUCUACCUGGAGGACUGCCCAUGAAUUCAUCAAAUAUUCCUGGUUUGGGGAAGCUUGGAAAAUGAAAUAUGAAUUUCUGCUUGCAAUACUCUAUGGAUUAUACGCGUACUUAUAUAAAAGCAUCAGAUGUGAUUUCAAAAGUUAACGUAAACAUGGAUACUUCUAUUCACUUCAUGCCAAGUUCAAGUGUGCAAUCUAAAUCAUACAGAAUAUAAUUGUUUGUAAACUUUCAGACUAUGAUAUUUACAUGAACAGAAUGACGGCAAACACAAAUUAGUCAUGUUCCAGUGCUAAAAUCCACACUCUAGUAACUUUCAACCUGAUAAAAUGUUAAUAUUAGGUGAAAUGUCACUGCUUAGACACAUUCUGGCAGAAUGAACUGCUUUCAAAAUGACAUCUUGUUACAACAGAAUAUUUUGAAGCACUUCUGUGAUACAGUGUGACUUUUUAAUUAUUUUCUUAAUUAUGCAAAAAAAAAAAAACAAGUGCUCUGCAAUUUUAUAAACUGUUAAACAACUUUAUUCAUGUAUAAUCUUCACUAUUCAAAUUCCAGGACUUUCAGAAUUCAAGAAAACAAGCAUUAGUAAAGCUGUGCAAAUUGUUUACCCAAAUUCAGACUAUCUUCUGAAAUACUAGUCAUUUAAGUAGCCUUAAACAUCAAAUAAGUAAGCAUCAUGACAGCAAAUGCAUUUUGUGUCUGUAUCUUAGGGUAUGUUUCCAAAAGUAACAUUUAUUUUGACACUAUUUCAUAAAAUACUAUGCUUGAAGUUUUGUCUUUCUAAAUGCAGUUUUGGAAGAACUGCAAAGGAAUAAAUUAAUAAUUGUGAUUAAAUUCUAAUAUCUGACAA